AUGUUUGUUUCUCCGAGAAGACUACGAUUACAUGCGCAUAACGGAAAUCCUAUCCUUCUACAGCCUCUCGCGCUCUCCCGACUGGACCCCUUCAUCCGAUCUUCAGUCGAAGCUCAUCAAUCUAGGAAACUCGGCUCGAUUGCAAAAAUUGAAGCUCUCGGUAAACCUGCCGGCCAAGAAGAGGAGGAAGACGAUCUUCUAUCUAGUCUCACAAAACGUAGAGGAGGUCGGACUAAAAAAGGUAUUCAAAAAAUUAGUCCGAAAGAUUGGCUAUUGACUGAAGAGGGUUUAAAGUUUAGACAUCCAACGGUUGGUAGGCCGAAUUGGUUGGGUGAUGAUAUUCCAUUCCCGACCAAUCCGUGGUUUAAACCACAGCCACCAUUGUCGGACAAAAUUCGCACUAAAGUCUAUGAAUCCUUCAAACAACGAGUCCAUGCAAUCUACAAGCAAAAAUCAUAUCCAGACUUAUCCUUGGAUGAGAAACAAAGACAAGAACAGAUAUUGAUUCGAGAGACGUCAGAACAGUGGGGAAUUUGUCGCGACCGAGUCUCGGCGAUCAUUAGACUGAAGGCAAUGGAAGACUCCUGGCCGUUAAACAAGAUAAACGAAGAAGGCGAACCGAUCAAACCACACAAAAGAACCUUGCAGUUGAACUUCGAAAAAGGGAUGGAGAGUGUGCUGGGUGUUCAAACCGACCAGGUCCUUCGACAUAAUGAAGAUAUUAACGAAUUAGCCAACCGACGUCUCCAGCGCAAAUCAAGUUUUUAUGGUACUGAGUUUGUCCCGAUUGAUUCCCCUGAACCCGACGCCCAGCCAACCCCACCGCGUAAAGCUCAAACGGCGCGAUCGAAGAAUAGUAAUAAAUAUCAAGAAAAUGACGAGCCGACUGAGACAAGACAUAUCAUCGGGAGUGAUGGCCUGCCUCGUCCGUCAACCUCUUACAUCUCAAAACCACCGAACAAAAUUCCCAUGGUUUUCACCGACGUUUCCGAAUUCCCUCGCGCACCUAAACCGAUGAGCAAGCGCAAGGCCAGAUACUAUCCCAAAACUUCUCUUUUACCGGAUUAUUCGGUAGAGCCUACUCGUUCUAGCUCGAAUUCUGCACGUAGAUCACACUCUACAGCUGCAACGGCAUCUUCAAGCGAACAUAUCGAUAGCCCACAAUUUUCCUCAUCAAGUAGUGGCAUUUAUGAGACAGCUGCUACUUCAAACAAGCAGCGGGAAAAAAUGGAUGAAGAGAGGAGGAGUUUUGCUGCCCGACUACUCAAACAGCUCAAGGGAUGUGCGAACUCCGAAAAUGGAUCAAAAUUGAUAGAUCAACUUAGUGCCUCGCCUGAUUAUUCCGAGUUCAGUAACUUAACCGGUAUCGACGCGGAUGAAAUCAAAGAAUCUCUCUUGCUCCGAGCCGGAGGUCUAUCUUUCAAAACUUCGGGCGGUCCAAAAAACGCGGGUGAUUUCACUCCAGAUCGGAUCAACCCAACAAACAAUGACAACGGAUCUCCUGUAUCCGAGGAUGAAAAACAGAUCCGAUCAAUUAAAUUCGAAAUGAUCAAAUCGAUUUAUCUCAAAAAAUUAGAGCUGAAUUCUUCCGGAAGGUUGUUGCUACCCAAAUCGAUCCGAUCCCAAGAAGAGAAAGAUCUGAAAAUCCUUCAGAACACGCUACCAUCAUCGUCAACUCAAAGUCCCGAUCGUAGUAGUAAUCCUAGCCAAUCGGCCUCCUCUGAUUUAAUAAGUAGUCGUAGCAACCAAUUGGUCCGUAAAUGUAUGAAAGGUCCACUCGGUAGGAUCAAACAAAGACAGCAACUUCAACUUCUCGCCAACCGCAAGCAAACCGUCAAUCAUUGA